UUAUUUAUGAGUAGAGUAUGGAUGUUUGGCUGAGGAGGGUUACCGAGCAACAGCUCACAAAAAGUGUUCAUAUUUGGAUGAGUAAUAUGUCAACCAGCGUGAAGAGGAUGUUAUCAAACUACACCGACUAUGUGAAGUUAUGGAAAUAUACAUUAAACAGGGGGCGCUAAAGGAUGAGACGAUGGCUCGCAGGAGAGAUGAAGACGAGGAAGAUGACGGACACAAGCUGAUACAGGAGGAGGAGGAGGAGGAUGAGGAUGAAGACGCGCACCCGAUCAUGCACAGCGACGAUGAGGAUGAAGAUCUGUGUCUGGAUGAGAUUUUGCAUCUCUACAAGCAGCCCAUCAAUGAGGAGCAGGCGUGGGCUGUGUGUUUCCAGUGCUGUCGCUCGCUCUUGGCGGACAGGGACGCGUCUGGUACCGCUGCGGUGACAGGAGAACCGGGAGACCUGAGGAUUUAUCGAGACGGAGCAGUGCGCUUACGUUCCCGAGGCAGAUCAGGUGACCGUAAUCGCAUACCAUCAUCCACACAGGUGAUCGAGUCUCUGGGCAUCAUGAUCGCGUGGCUGUGGGUGCAGGUGAUGCGGGAUCUGAGGAAUGGUGUGAAGCUGAAGAAGGUGCAGGAACGGCAGUAUAACCCGCUGCCCAUAGAGUUUCAGCUCACGCCAUACGAGAUGCUGAUGGACGACAUCCGCGCAAAACGCUACAAGCUGCGCAAAGUCAUGGUGAAUGGAGAUAUUCCUCCCAGGUUAAAGAAGAGCGCUCAUGAGGUCAUACUGGAUUUUAUCAGAUCCAGACCACCUCUCAAUCCUGUGGCAGCACGAAAACUCAAGCCACAGGCCGAACGUCCUCCCAGCUUACAUGAGCGAAUACUUGAAGAGAUCAAAUCAGAGAGGAAAUUGAGGCCCGUGUCGCCCGAUCAGAUCCGCAGGAGUCGAUUUGCCAUUCGGCCUCUUAGCAUGUCUCAGAGUUUUGAUUCCUCAGACGUGUCUUCAUCUGACGGGGCGAGGAAGGCCUCCAGCACACUGUCAUUGGCCAACGCUUCGUCUUUCCAGCAGAACAGCUCCGGCUUUCAGAGGAAAAGACUUCAAGCCCCGACUCUGGCUGAAAUGGACAGCUCUGAUUCAGACGAUGAGACUGUAGGCCACAGGUCCGCCAGCUGCUCCAGCAUCUCUACAACCAUGGUGGACGACACGUCGCCAGAGUCUGUCUUGGGCAAGAAAACUCCGCCGAUGUUCCUGCCCAUAUCAUCCACUCCACAACCGGAGAGACGUCAGCCUGCGCAGCGCCGUCACUCCAUAGAGAAGGAGACCCCGACCAGUGUACGCCAGUUCCUGCCUCCCUCCAGACACAGCUCAAAGUCACUAGAGGAGUUUUGCUUCCCGGUGGAGUGUCUGGCUCUGACGGUGGAGGAAGUGAUGCACAUUCGACAGGUUUUGGUCAAAGCCGAACUGGAGAAGUUUCAGCAGUACAAAGACAUCUACAACGCCCUGAAAAAGGGGAAGUUGUGCUUCUGCUGUCGAACAAAGCGUUUUUCCCUCUUUACCUGGUCCUACACCUGUCAGUUUUGUAAAAGGCCAGUGUGUUCACAGUGCUGUAAAAAAAUGCGUCUGCCAUCCAAACCCUAUGCUAGUCUGCCCAUCUACUCUCUGGGUCCGUCCACAUCCACACUGAAGCGCGACGCGGCCACACAUAAGGCAGAGAAGCCAAGCACCAGCCACCAUCGACCCAGCCUUCAGCGCACAAUGUCCAAAUUAUCUAAGCACUCGCGGCAGUCGUCCUCGUCUCAGGAGUCGAUGGAGCUCCCGAAAGAGCUGAUGGAGGACUGGAGCACCAUGGAGGUUUGUGUUGACUGCAAGAAGUUCAUCUCCGAUAUCAUCGCCUCCAGCAAACACAGCCUGUCUCUGGCCAACAAACGUGCACGAUUGAAACGCAAGACUCAAUCCUUUAUCCUUGCGUCUGAGAAAGGCGCAGAAUAUCGGCCUUCGGAGAGAACUAUCAAUGAGGUUUAGGUUUGAUGCUAUUGUCAUCUUCUCUAAGUUGUUACGGUAGGUCGGUCUGUCAGACAUGUUUUACAGGGACAAUAAACAGUUUUGGAUGUGUAGCAGUUCUUUCAUACACACACAUAC